AUGGAGGCUGAGAAAGCUGGGGCUGUUGAGCCUGAGAGGGGAAUUUUGCGUGUAGACCCCAAAACUGAAGGGGGCCUGCCAAGAAACCAGAGAGGGACUUUUGUAUGGGAUUUCACUACUCUGCUUUUGCUGUUUUACUGUGGCUGCCAUAAAUUCCAACCCCUGGUUGUUUAUAGGAGCUCUUCAAGUAGUCCUGCUCUGGGGAAGACUGUGGACAAUCCACAAGUAACUCAAGAAGAAAUUGUGCUCCCCCGAAGGAAAACGUGGGAUAAACUCGCCGUGCUCCAGACCUUGGCCUCUACUGUCAACAGGGAUCCUACUGCUGCUCAUUACAUGUUCCAGGAUGACCCUUUCCUGAUGCCAAGAAAUGCAGCUAAUUCUCGUCUGUAUGCUGUGUCAAAGGAGUCUGGGAGAAAUGCUGCAAAAUACAUCAUAAAGAACUUUCCUCAGUAUUUUGACAAGACUUUUGCAGAGCCCAACGUACCAAGCCUGAUGCCCCAGCCCGUCACCCCUCGGGCUGAAGGAGUGAGCGAGGAGGCUCUGAGGGAGCGCGUCCACCUCAGGAUGGUGAAGGAGUCUGUGGACAUGUUUGAUCAGCUCCUGCAGGCAGGCACCCCUGUGUCUCUGGAGACCACAAACAGCCUUUUAGAUUUGUUAUGCUUCUAUGGAGAUGGUGAACCUACUCCUGAAAAAGAGCAGGAAGAAAAAGAGGAUUUGGAAGAACCAGGGGUGGAUGCUUCAGAACAGAAAGCUCCAAAGAGACAAUUUCGAAGAGGUGCACAGCCUGGCCCCAGAUGGAGGGAGAACAACCAUGCUGAAAGGAUAUUUAAGAUAAUGCCAGAGAGGAAUGCCCACUCCUAUUGCACAAUGAUCCGUGGCAUGGUGAAGCACGGGGCUUAUUCUAGAGCUUAUGACAUGUACAUAGACCUGCUGAAUGAAAGGCACAAGGCUGAUGUGCACACCUUCAAUGCACUGAUCAGAGCAGUCCCGUAUCUAAAGGACAAAUUCGUAGAAAGAUGGGAAUUAGCCAAGGACUUGCUGACUCACAUGGCUCAACAGAAAGUGCAACCAACUCUGCUAACUUUUAACUCUGUACUGAAGAGCCUGAGAAGAUGUGGUGGUGUGGGCAGAAGUAUGUCUUUAUUUGUAUUAAAAGAAAUGGAAGCACUUGAUAUAGAGCCCAGCCUGGCAUCCUAUGACCACCUGCUCUCGGUGUAUUACAGAGGCGUUGAGGCUCAGUCAUCAGACAUCAUCUCUGAGGUGUUAAAUGAGGUUGAAAAGCGAAGUUUCACUGCUCAGGACCCUGAUGAUGCCAACUUCUUUAACACGGCCAUGCAAGUGUGCUGUGAUCUCAAGGAUAUCAAGCUUGCCUAUCAGUUAAAUAGGGCCCUGGAGAAGGGAGACAACUGGAAAUUCUUGGAUGUGGAUCGCUCAAACGGCUACUGGUCGAAAUUCUUUUCAUUGUUGUGCAUGAUGGAGCAAAUUGAGGUGGUGUUGAAGUGGUACAAGGAAAUGUCACCUUCAGUCUUCUAUCCAUCCCCUAAAAAUAUAUUGGACCUCCUUCAAGCACUGGAUGCAGCCAACCAGCUGGAAGUGAUCCCUUCAGUCUGGGAAGAUGUGAAACAGCUGGGGUUCAGCAGGAGACAAGACCUGUUGGAGGAGUUCUUGUCUCUGAUGAGCAGGGAGCAGCACCCCAGUGAGGUUCAGCUGGCCUUUGCCAAGUGUGCUGAAGAAAUCAAAGGUGUCCAUGAGCCUGCUGGGCCGGGGCAGGUGCCUCUGGAGUGGACAGGGAGUGCUCUGGGCCACGUUGUGGUGCUGCUCUCCAGGGCUGGGAGAACACAGGAUGCCUGGAACAUGAUGGAGCAUUUCCAGAAAAUCAACAGGAUUCCCACUGACAAAGUGAUGGACGAGUUCUUGAGCUGUGCUAAGCAAAACAAUUGCCCAGAUGAGGCAAUUAAGAUGGUAAAGCUGGCAGCAUCCCUUGGGCUUCCCUUAUCUCAAAGGCUGAAAAGCAGAACAGAGGAGGAAUUUGAACUCUCUGAAACACAGAAGAAGGCACUGGAGAGUAUCAGGUGGGAUGGUGACAGCAGUGACAGUGACAGCAGUGACAGUGACCGUGAGUAGCUGUCCCUCUUCCCUUCCUCUUGGGAAGACUGGGAGCAGCUGUUGCCACGAUACCAGGAGGCUUUGGAAGGAGUGGAAUUACUCAGGAAUGGCUUCUGGGAGCUGCUGCAGCCCUGAUGAACACUCUGAGUGUUCUGACACGGGACCUGCUUGGCGAGACAGCGUCCUCAGGUGCCAGCUGGAAGCUGUUCAGUCUGCUUGGCAGUGUGGGACCCAGCGUGGGCUGCCCCAGCUCUGCUCCCCAGCACUCCUGAUAAACAGCAUCACUGAGGGGGGAGGCUGCUGGGCACUCUGGGGGCUGCUCAGGCAGCCACAAGGCUUCCACAGCUCCAGCAGGAUUCCUCACGGGCCUCCUGGCACUCGACCCUGCACCAGUGUAACUCCUUUCCAUUUAACUUUGCUGAGCUACUUAAAUACCAGGACUGCUCUGUAUAUGAGCACUGAAGUAAUGCAAUACUCAGCACCUGUGGUGUUUUGGGACAGGUGUUGCAGUCUAGAUGUUAAAUUACACUUUGUACAGCUGGAAACUGUCUAAUAAAUGGCUGACCUUAAAGCUG